AUGGGUGACCUGCUGGGACUGGACAACCUGGUGGCCAACACGGCCUACCUGAGGGCUCAAUGUGUAGAUCGUGAUAAGAUGAGAAAACAGUGGCUCACCCUGGCGCUUCCCAAACCAAGGAUGUCCUCAGCGCUCCAGGCAUCAGUCGGGACGAAGUACGAGUCACUGUGUGAGGAACAGCCAAUUGGGAAGAAGUUGUUCCAGCAGUUUGUCCUGGCCUCUAACCCGCAGUACAUGGUCGCCACCGAGUUCCUGGAAGAACUCAGUCGCUGGCGCUUUGCUGAAGAUGAAGCCAGAGAGAAGGCCAAACAGAGCAUCCUCGCUAAGUUCUGUAAACCGGAGUCCAAGAGUUUUCUCUCAUACCUUACACGAGAGGCAGCUGAAAGAUGCAAGGGUUUAUCAGACAAAAACUUUGACGAGAUGAUGUUGGACCAGAUAAGAGAAGCCACAAGAGACUUCCUGAGGGGGAAACCUUUCUCUGAGUUUCUGGAUAGCCCUUUCUUUUAUAAAUACUUGCAGUGGAAGGAGUACGAGAAGCAGAAGAUCAAUGACAGAUACUUUUAUGAGUUUAGGACUUUGGGAAAAGGUGGCUUUGGUGAGGUGUGUGCAGUACAGGUGAAACACACAGGCCAGAUGUACGCCUGCAAGAAGCUGGAUAAGAGGUGUUUGAAGAAAAAACGUGGCGAGAAGAUGGCCCUUCUGGAGAAGCACAUCCUGGAGAAAGUCAAUAGCCUCUUCAUUGUAAACCUGGCUUACGCUUACGACAACAAGACCCACCUGUGCCUGGUCAUGGACCUCAUGAAUGGAGGAGACCUCAGGUUCCACAUCUACAAGCUUGGGGAGCGGGGUAUUCGUAUGGAGCGUGUUGUUCACUACAUGGCCCAGAUAACCACUGGGAUUCUUCACCUGCACUCUAUGGACAUUGUGUACCGGGAUAUGAAGCCUGAGAACGUACUGCUGGAUGCUAAAGGACAGUGUCGGAUGUCAGACCUCGGAUUGGCUGUGGAGCUGCCAAAGGGCAAAACAGUUUGCCAGAAGGCUGGUACGACUGGCUACAUGGCCCCUGAGAUUCUGAAGAAAGAGUACUACCGCACGUCUGUAGACUGGUGGGCUCUGGGCUGCAGCAUCUAUGAGAUGGUGGCCGCUCGUUUGCCUUUUAUAGACUUCAGAGAAAAGGUGCAGAAUGAGGAGGUGACUCGUCGCACUCUGGAGGACGAGUGCAAGUUUGAACACAAACACUUUGAUGCUCCCUCCAAAGAUAUCAUCAGCCUCUUUCUCAAGAAGAAGGUGGCACAUCGCCUUGGGUGCUCUGAUGACCCACGAAAGCAUGCAUUUUUCAAGGGCAUCAAUUUCCAUCGUCUGGAGGCCGGGCUGGUGGAGCCCCCCUGGGUGCCAAAAUCCAAUGUGGUGUACGCCAAGAACACGGACGAAUUCAGGGACUCCUCGACAGUCGAGGAUAUUGAUUUUGAGUUCAAGGAUGAGCAAUUCUUGAAGGAGUUUAGCACAGGCGCAGUCUCCAUCAACUGGCAGAAGGAGAUGAUCGACAGCGGUGUGUUUGACGAACUGAACAACCCACAACUGAACGGCCACGGCUGUGACACGGGGUGGGAGUCCAGUGUGUGCAUCAUUUUGUAAGCAUGUGAU